AUGCCGCACUCGACAAACUCCGGCUCCUACUCGCGGGAGCCGUCCGUGUCGCGCGGCACCAACAAGUCCGGCGCCGACAGGGACCGGGACAGAGAAAGCGACUCGGGGCUCGAGAAGUUCCCCGACCACAUCGAUGCGCCCAUGUUCGCCAACAAUGGCUGGCGCGAGUCGAGCCCGGCCCGUGGCUACGCCAAUGGCACCAACGCAGGAGCCCUGCCGUCGACGGACCGCUGGCAGCCCAGGAGAGACAGUCUCCAGGCGAGGGGUGUAAGAUGGGGACAGAUGGGAUCUUCGGUCAACCCCUCCCGCGCACAGGGACACGCACACUCGCAUUCGCGGCAGAAGAGCAUCACCGAGGCAUUUCGAACCAUAAGAGGACGAAACGGCAGCGUCAGCCAGAACGCGCACGAGAUCGCGGACGCUCUCAAGGCCCCGCUGUCUUGGCAGCUUGUUACCCUGUGUGUCAUGUGGUAUACCUCGUCUGCCUUGACCAACACCUCGUCCAAGUCGAUCCUGAACGCGUUUGACAAGCCCGCCACGCUGACGCUGAUACAAUUCUUCCUGGUGGCGUUCUACUGCAUAACGUCCUCAUGGCUCGCCUCGAUCUUCCCCAAGCUGCGAACGUCGAUACCCGCCUUGAAGAAUCCGAUCCGCCAGCCUUCGCGCGACGUCAUAAGAACCACGCUUCCGCUGGCGGCUUUCCAGAUUGGCGGCCAUCUGUUGAGCGCUUCGGCCACCUCCAAGAUUCCCGUGUCACUAGUACACACGGUCAAGGGGCUGUCCCCACUAUUCACAGUCCUCGCCUACCGACUCAUUUUCGACAUACGAUAUCCCAUGGCGACGUACUACUCGCUCAUCCCGUUGACAAUGGGAGUGAUGCUAGCUUGUUCGGGGAAGCAUUCGUUCGGGGGUGAGAUGCUGGGUCUGCUAUACGCCUUUCUGGCCACCAUGUUGUUCGUGACCCAGAACAUCAUCUCCAAGAGGCUGUUCAACGAAGCAGCCAGGGCGGAGGCUGAUGGCCAUGCAGCCAAGUCCCGGAAGCUUGACAAGCUGAACCUGCUGUGCUACUCAUCGGGCAUGGCUUUCAUACUUACAACGCCCAUCUGGUUCUGGAGCGAGGGCAUCGGCCUGCUCAGGGAUUUCCUCAGCGAUGGCGCGCUGGAUCUGACGGGCAAGGCGAACAGCAUGGACCACGGACGGCUAUUUGUGGAGUUCCUCUUCAACGGAACGUUCCAUUUUGGCCAGAACAUCCUGGCAUUUGUCCUCCUGUCGAUGGUCUCGCCAGUCACGUACUCGGUUGCCUCGCUGAUCAAGCGUGUGUUCGUGAUCGUGGUUGCCAUUAUCUGGUUCCGCAAUACAACGACCAAGGUCCAGGCCGUGGGCAUUGCGCUGACCUUUGUCGGCCUGUACCUGUAUGAUCGCUCGAGCGAGAGCAACAAGGCGGACCGGCGUGCCCGCAUGCUCAGCCAGAGCCAUGUCACCAAUCAACCGCUGUUGCCUCUCAACACGCAGGGGGCAUUUACGGCAAGCCAGAAUGCACCGGUCUUUGAGAGUCCUGCGGCUGUGUCCGCAGGGCCGAACGCGCACGCGUAUACGAAUGGCCAUGCAGCACUUGCCAACGGCGGCGGCGACGAUUCUAAGAAGAACGACGACAGCGGGCCGGGGCGGCAAAGGGGCAGCAGCAACGCGUCCUGGCUGCCGCCGGGCACGAGGCAGGAAGACACCUGGCGGUUUCAGGAUAGGAUACAACGGCCCCAACGUGUCAACUAG